AAUUCCCAGUUUUCACUUUAUUCCAUCAUACACUUUGAGGCACCAACCACUACAUAUACAUGAAGAUCAUCACGGAACUCCCAUACUGAAAGGGUCUGAGAGUCCUUUUUUGGUUGCAGAAAUGGUUUCGGCUUCUUCUCCAAAGGAAGUUGCUAAUUCAGACAACAAAUGGAUAGAGGAGGACACCUCUCGCCGAGCCAAAUGGUGGUACUCAACCUUUCACACUGUCACGGCCAUGAUUGGUGCAGGAGUGCUCAGCCUGCCUUAUGCCAUGGCCUACUUAGGAUGGGGUCCAGGGACAAUGAUUUUGGUGUUAUCAUGGUGCAUGACCUUGAACACAAUGUGGCAGAUGAUACAACUCCAUGAAUGUGUUCCGGGAACUCGCUUUGACCGAUACAUUGACCUCGGCCGACACGCCUUUGGCCCAAAACUGGGGCCGUGGAUUGUGCUUCCGCAGCAACUUAUCGUCCAGGUCGGCUGUGACAUAGUGUAUAUGGUCACGGGAGGAAAGUGCCUAAAGAAGUUUAUGGAGAUUUCAUGCACCAAUUGCACGCAGCUCAAGCAAUCCUACUGGAUCUUGAUCUUUGGGGCCAUUCAUUUCUUCCUGUCUCAGCUUCCCAAUUUCAAUUCUGUUGCCGGCGUUUCACUAGCAGCAGCAGUCAUGUCACUAAGUUAUUCAACUAUAGCCUGGGUGGGUUGCUUGAGCAGAGGGCAGAUAAGCAAUGUGAGCUACGCAUACAAAAAAACAGGCUCAGCCGAUUCAAUGUUUCGUGUGUUCAAUGCACUGGGUCAAAUCUCGUUUGCAUUUGCUGGCCAUGCAGUGGCACUCGAAAUUCAGGCCACCAUUCCAUCAACUCCUGAGAGGCCUUCAAAAGUACCCAUGUGGAAAGGUGCAGUUGGAGCCUAUUUUAUCAAUGCAAUUUGCUAUUUCCCGGUGGCCCUUAUUGGAUACUGGGCAUUCGGCCAAGAUGUUGAUGACAAUGUCCUGAUGAAUCUCCAGAAACCUGCAUGGCUCAUUGCCUCUGCUAACCUUAUGGUGGUCAUCCAUGUCAUAGGCAGCUACCAGGUGUAUGCUAUGCCUGUAUUUGCUUUGCUGGAGGGGAUGAUGGUGAAAAAGGUGAAUUUCCCACCAGGAAUUUUACUCAGACUCAUCACUCGAUCUGCUUAUGUAGCAUUUACAUUAUUCAUUGGAGUCACCUUCCCUUUCUUUGGGGAUCUUCUUGGUUUCUUUGGCGGAUUCGGUUUUGCUCCCACUUCAUAUUUUCUACCCAGUGUAAUGUGGCUAGUGAUCAAGAAACCAAAGAGAUUUAGCACCAAAUGGUUCAUCAAUUGGGCUUCCAUAUACGUUGGAGUUUUCAUCAUGUUGGCAUCCACAAUUGGCGGCUUCCGGAAUAUAAUUGCUGAUGCCUCCACAUAUAGCUUCUACACAUAAAUUGUGGUGAUUAUCAUGUUAUUGGGUUAUUGACUGGACUUAACUCAGUCUCAGUCUUCCGAUGACUUUCUCUAUGUACCUUUUUAAUAUUGAAUGUUUUAAAUUACCGAUUGUCUUAAAAAGUUUAAAUUAAAUAGGAAGAUGUGUAUUUAAUUGUUUAA